GACUCUAUGAUAUGAUGGGCAACACAUGGGAGUGGACAUCCUCAAUUUUCCCCUCAGCAAAGCCGAUGUACGUGCUGCGUGGCGCCUCCUGGAUUGACACUGCUGACGGUUCGGCCAAUCACAAGGCUCGAGUCACAACUAGGAUGGGGAACACUCCUGACUCUGCAUCUGAUAACUUGGGAUUCAGAUGUGCUGCCAGUCAUGAACAGAAAACAGACAAGAGCAGGGACGAGGCAGAACUGUAGCAACAACUAAAUGAAUGAUCGGAUGGAUUGCAAGUUGGAAAGAAAAUCUGAAAGAUAAAGUUAGGGUUAUAAUGAAUGUUUACUCAGUGAUAGAGGCCAAGUGGAACAAAAAUUGAGCCACAACAAACUUCUCCUGUGGAGAGCUGAGAUUUUUUUUUUUCACUUUAUAGAUCUUGUUCACAAAAAAGGGAAAAAUGGAUAAAGUUUCCUUCAAAAUGUUCCACAGUUUUACAUUAUAGAAAGGAAACUGGCUUCAAAAGAACACACUUCUUUUUUUUAUCUAAUUUUUUAAAGCUUUAAUAAAUGUCAUAUUUCUGGAGAAUCAAUAAAUGUGUUCACUUGA